CAAGAGUAUUUUUAUUUCUUUCACGAACCACCCCUCUGCAGUCGGUUAUCCUGCUGUAAGUAAGGAUAUGCGUAGCCGGAGCGGAAAAAACCGUACAAGUUCUAUUUUACUUCCGAGCAAUGAAAGGUCUGUGUGGAUACAUUAGACUGUCGGAAUGCGUAGUGAAGAGAACGUGAUAUCGAAUGUCGCUUCCAAUAUUGGAGAAACCACACUCCAGACCAGUUUAUUAGCGGUUUCUUAUUCAGUCAUUGCUCAGCAUUCGACAACUCCGCACAGUGUGUUCGUCACUACGAAUCAGUAAAUUCUCUGCCAGAUGUACAACCUUUGGGAUUGGAUAAAACAUAUUGAAUUACGGUGCACCAUUGAAAAGAUGUGCUAAAAGUGUCGUUUUUAAAUUACUUGAAAUACGAAGAGUUACACUUUAACAGUGAAAAUUGCGCGAUUUACUAUUUGGAACUUUAAAGAAAUGACCGAUGAAAGGACACCUCUCACAUCGGUUCCACCGGCCCGGCUGGAUACGGAAGAAUCUUCAUCGUACGUGCAUCACAUCAAAGGGCACGAGACGCUACGCGAGCGUCAGGUGAAAAACUUUCAGUGUUGGAUCUGCUCCGCCAUUUUGGGAGCUUUCGUAAUCGCAAUCACAAUAAGUCUUAGUUAUAUUAUUCUAACGGAUCUGAAGCCUAACACAUCCAACAGCACAAAUGAGACGACGACAGCGGAUUUCCCGGAAUUGCUUAAUCUCAUUAGCUUUCCAAUAUCCGACGAACCGAUCCCGCCAUGGGACGCACCGAAUGUGACCGAUCAGGACGUAGCUGAUGCGAUCUCCGAGGGUGAAAGAGCAUUGGGGGAUAAAGAACUGCUCGAGGAAGCUUUGACGGCACCUCCAAUCAAUUCACCGACAUAUCGUCACCAACGGGCAGUCGGUACGACAAUUGCAGCUCGGUUAGCCUCAAAGGUUGGAUAUGUGGAAAACAAAGCUACCAAGGCCAUAGCCAAAAAGUUCAAUGUGAAGAAACGACAUCGACGGUGGAGCAUUGGCAAGGGUCCGUCCACCAAAAUUCCGCAUCAGAACGGCACUCAAACGUGUAACUUCAAUUCAAAAUAUCGAACUAACAACGGAACCUGUAAUAAUAAGAAAUUUCCCUUCCUUUACGGGGUGACGAUGCUGCCGUUCCGGCGUCAGCUGACGCCAGAUUACGCUGACGGUGUUUCCAGUCCUCGGGCUACGGUUACCGGGAAGGAUCUUCCCAGCGCUCGUCAGGUUUCCUUGGAAAUCCAUCGACCUUCAUACCACAAUGAUCCUAAUUUUACUGUCAUGCUCGCGGUUUGGGGUCAAUUUAUGGACCAUGACAUAACAACAACGGCAUUGAAUCAAGGAGUUGGUGGCAAAGCCAUCGAGUGUUGUGAUCUAAGCCAACCACGCCAUCCGGAAUGUUACCCGGUGCCUCUUGGUCCAGGUGAUCCGUACUAUCAUGACUACAAUGUUACCUGUAUGAACUUUGUACGUUCGAUUCCGGCCCCGACCGGCCAUUUCGGACCCCGUCAGCAACUGAAUCAGGCUACGGCAUUCAUCGAUGGAUCGGUCGUGUACGGUUCAGAUGACGCCAAAGUCGAACAACUUCGUAGUGGAGUAGAUGGGCAACUUCGCAUGUUGAGAACACAGGACAAUCGAGAAUUGCUACCGAUUUCGGCAGAUCCAGCCGAUGGCUGUAACGAGGCACAAAUGAAUGCUCUGGGAAAGUAUUGUUUUGAGUCUGGUGACGCCAGGGCAAAUGAAAAUCUUCACCUCACUUCAAUGCAUCUAAUCUGGGCUAGACAUCAUAACAAUUUGACCGGCGAAUUGAAGAAAGUCAAUCCGGAUUGGGAUGAUGAGCGACUUUUUCAGGAGGCACGGCGAAUAUUGGCAGCGCAAAUGCAACAUAUAACCUACAAUGAGUUUGUUUCGGUGAUUAUUGGAGAAGAGAACAGUGCAAAAAUGGGCACCAUGCCAGAUCCGGAAAAUGAUCGUGAUACUUACAAUUCGACGGUUGACCCGACAAUAGCGAACGUGUUCGCGGCAGCGGCCUUCCGAUUUGCCCACACGCUGCUACCAGGUUUGAUGAAAAAAACAUUGGAUCCUUCGUCAUCACCAUCAGGUAUUGAGUUACACAAGAUGCUUUUUAAUCCGUACUCUCUGUACGGUAGAACUGGAUUAGACGACGCGAUUGGUGGGGCUAUGAGUACACCGCUGGGAAAGUAUGAUCAAUAUUUCACCACCGAACUCACGGAGCACCUGUUUGAGAAAUCCCAGGACUUGCUGCACGAUCGGCCCUGUGGCUUGGACUUGGUAUCACUGAAUAUUCAACGUGGACGGGACCAUGGCCUUCCAUCGUACCCUCAUUGGAGAAAACAUUGCCGACUUCCUCCGGUGGAUACUUGGGCUCAAUUCACCGAGGCUGUUGAUCCAGGUUCCCUGAGCCAAAUGCGAAGGAUUUACGAUCAACCGGAAGAUGUUGACGUGUACUCGGGUGCUCUUAGUGAACCGCCAGUUAAGGGAGGAAUUGUUGGACCACUGCUCACUUGCCUGCUAGGGGAUCAGUUUGUGCGUUUGAAGCAAGGUGACUCGUUCUGGUAUGAGCGUAAAAAGGGUCCGCAGCGAUUUACCAGGGACCAACUUCAACAGAUCUACAACACACGACUAUCCAGCGUAAUAUGCCGCAACUCGGACGCCAUCAGUCGUUCACCGGUCUACCUGAUGCGAAAGUACCACGAGGAAACCAAUCCGCGUCUGCCGUGUGCCGAGCUGGAUACGUUCGAUUUCGAGGUGUUUCGGGAUAGGAAAAAUCUUUUUUCGGGACGGGUAAAGCUCGCAACGCCUAAUUUCGGUGUAUCCGUAGUGCAACCGAAACCAAGCGUUUCUUCCGAUGGAUUCACGACGACGACGCGGAAUAUGACGGAAGAGACUACUUCAACUUCCGGCACGGUAACGGUAGCGUCGGUCACCCCAACUGUAGCUGCCGAGACAGUUGUUUAGUCAUGUUUAAAAUAAGACACACCAGGGAUAAGAGAUUUUCGCUAGCUUCUUAUCAGUGAAAAUGUGUCUGGAGCAGCAGUACAAUAAGAUCUAAACAUGGAAUCGUCCUGCAACGGGAUUAGGCAAUAGUUUAUAUUAAAAGUGUUUACGAGUGUAUUUACAUUAAA